CAUGGGAUUUGGCGUCGUGACGUCAGCACGUCCUGACCUCUCGCGAGCGCAGGAAACUGGAGCAGCGACAAACUCUCGCUUUAAAUUUUGUUUUAACUCUUUUUUCCCUUUUAAUUGUUGUUUUUCGAACCCAAACUGGCCGACGAAAGGCUUCGUUUGUGGCUAGUGUCGUUUAAAGAGCGCGUUGUGCUUUUAAAGUGGUUGAUUUGUACUUUUAUCCCGGUGUUUUUCCUCAUGGAUCAGAUGGUGACGCGUCAGAAUAAUUGACACUAAUAAACGCGAUUCAUUAAUUCAUAUUUUCAAAAUACAACACGUCAUUAAACGUCGGUUUUGGGCGUAGAUUUUAAACGCGAAAAUUGUUCUAUUCCUGCGCUUAAAUGAUUAUAAUUUUGAUUACUCAUACUUUAGCUGCUAAUGCUAACUAGCGCAGGCCGCUGUUGGAGUUUAUUUAUAUAUGAAUAUUUUUGUAUUUAUGUGAUUUAUAGGUGUAUUUGAGUGUAUAUGAAUGGCAGUGAGAAUCUGAUGGUCUUUGUGAAGUCUUUGAUUGAUCAGUGAUGUCUUCUCCAUCACUUCAGACUCGGAUCUCUAGGAAUGAGUGAUGUUUCUCACUCAUUAUAAAGGCCUCGUUUAUUUUCUUUAUUUUUUCGCUCACUCUGCGAUCUUUUUAAAAGUGAUCGGUGACUUAUUUUACUCAUGUCGUAAAGUUUGAUGGCUUGACGAACAAUUUGCGUCUUAGUUUAUCUUUUAAAUGUAUUAGCUGUGAUUGAACUGGACAUAAUAGAGAAGAGGAGAAACAAACCCUGCUGAGAAUCAAGAUGAUGUGCGAGGUGAUGCCCACCAUCAGCGAGGCGGAGGUCGGCGGUAACGGAAGCGCUCUGGGCUCCGGCUCUCCCGUGCAGACGGACUCUGAGGGCCACUUUGAGUCUCUGAUGGUGUCUAUGCUGGAGGAGAGAGACCGGCUGCUGGACACGCUCAGAGAGACGCAGGAGAACCUGUGUGUGACGCAGAGCAAACUACACGAGAUCAGCCAUGAGAGAGACUCGCUGCAGAGACAGCUCAACAGCGCACUGCCACAGGAAUUUGCUGCUCUUACAAAGGAAGUGAAUAUGUGUCGAGAGCAGCUGCUGGAGCGAGAGGAGGAGAUCGCCGAGCUCAAAGCAGAAAGAAACAACACACGCUUGUUGCUGGAGCACCUGGAGUGUCUGGUGUCUCGUCAUGAGCGCUCCCUGAGAAUGACCGUAGUGAAGCGUCAGGCGCAGUCUCCCGCCGGCGUCUCCAGUGAGGUGGAAGUGCUCAAAGCCCUCAAAUCUCUCUUUGAGCACCACAAAGCCCUGGAUGAGAAGGUGCGGGAGCGUCUGCGCGUGGCUCUGGAGAGAUGCAGCGUGCUGGAGGAACAGCUGACCGCCUCUCAUAAAGAGCUGGCGUUUGUUAAGGAGCAGAGCAGUCAGAGAAAGGUGUUUAUGGACGGAUCAGCAGAAGUGAAUCACAGCUCUGAUGACGCACCAAACACUAAUGGCAAGCAGCGCUUGUCAGACGUCUCUCUGGGUCCAGAGGAGGAUUGUGGGAAGGACGGGGACCUGCAGGAGGCGAUGGACAGACAGAGUAAAGAGCUCCUGCACAUGAAGGAGCGUGUGGCGACUCUGAGCAGCCGCGUCGCUGAGCUGGAGGAGGACCUGGACACGGCCCGCAAAGACCUCAUCAAGUCAGAGGACGUCAACAGCCGCCUGCAGAGAGACAUACGCGAGUCUCUGGCUCAGAAGGAGGACAUGGAGGAGAGAAUCACCACGCUAGAGAAGCGUUACCUGGCGGCUCAGCGGGAAGCCACGUCUGUCCACGACCUCAACGACAAACUGGAGAACGAGAUCGCCAACAAGGACUCUCUGUUCUGCCAGGUGGAGGAGAAGAGCCGGCAGCUGCAGGAGCGACUGGAGCUGGCCGAGCAGAAGCUGCAGCAGACCCUACGCAAGGCAGAGACACUGCCCGAGGUGGAGGCAGAGCUGGCGCAGAGGGUCGUGGCUCUCUCUAAGCGUGAGCGCUCUGCGUUCAGUGUCUCUCAGGACAGUCACUCUCAGAUGAAGGCGGAGGAGCGUCAUGGGAACGUGGAGGAGCGUCUCAGACAGAUGGAGGCGCAGCUGGAGGAGAAGAACCAGGAGCUGAUCAGGGCGCGUCAGCGAGAGAAGAUGAACGAAGAGCACAACAAGCGUCUGUCGGAGACUGUCGACAAGCUGCUGUCCGAGUCCAACGAGAGGCUGCAGCUGCACCUGAAGGAGCGCAUGUCUGCGCUGGAGGACAAGAACGCUCUGAUCCGGGACCUGGAACACACGAAGAAGCUGAUCGAGGAGGCUCAUCACGAGAAGGAGCAGCUGCUCAUCCAGAUCGAGACCAUGAGGGCGGAGUACGAGAGGGGCCGCAGCAGGAGCAACUCUCUGCUGCAUCAUGGGCGUUCUCAUGCAAGUGGCACGCCUGAUUUUAGGUACCCAGUGUCUGUGUCGUCAGCGAUGGACAGUCACUACAGCGGCGCGCUGGUGCUCAGACGACCCCAGAAGGGCCGUGUGUCUGCGCUCCGAGAUGAACCCUCCAAGGUGCAGACGCUGGACGAGCAGGAAUGGGAUCGGCUGCAGCAGGCUAAUGUUCUGGCUAACGUGGCUCACGCAUUUGAGAGCGAUAUGGACAUGUCAGACGCGGAAGAUGACAGAGAAACGGUCUUCAGCUCCAUGGACCUUCUGUCUCCUGCUGGACAGGCAGACGCUCAGACUCUCGCCCUGAUGCUGCAGGAGCAGCUGGACGCUAUUAACAACGAGAUACGGAUGAUACAGGAGGAGAAGGAGAACACCACGCUGAGAGCCGAGGAGAUCGAGAGCCGUGUGGGCAGCGGAGACGAUCUGGGCGGCCGCUUCCGCUCCCUGGCGUCCCUCCCGCCCUCCUUCCACGGUUCGUCUCACGCCGAGGCCUCGCCGCCCGGAUCGGGUCACUCCACGCCCCGCCGGCCGUCCCGCAGCCCCAGCCGAGAGCUGGACCGCAUGGGGGUCAUGACCCUGCCUAGCGAUUUGCGGAAGCAUCGUAGGAAGUGUGCUCAGGACGAUAAAGCCACUAUCAGAUGUGAGACGUCUCCUCCGUCCACCCCGUCCUCCAUCAGACUCCAUAAAGGUGCGCUGCACACCGCCAGCCAUGAGGACAUCAGAGACGUGCGCGGCGCCGGGCUGCAGGACGGAGCGGGCAGUAAUCCCAGCAGCAGCAACAGCAGUCAGGACUCGCUCAACAAGGGCGCCAAGAAGAAAAGCAUCAAGGUCUCCAUCGGCCGUCUGUUCGCAAAGAAGGAGAAGAGUCGACCCAAUCCUGUGGGAAAAGAGUCUCCUGUCCCAGUGCCGGCAGGAACACCUGAUGGAAGCGGCUCACCGGACGCCAUGACGCUCGGCAAACUGGGCGGCCCUGCAGAGAAGAACAGAAAACUGCAGAAGAACCCAAACUCAGGACAUGAACUGCUGGAGGAAGCCUGUCGGCAGGGUCUGCCGUUCGCUCAGUGGGACGGACCCACCGUCGUCGUGUGGCUCGAGCUGUGGGUCGGGAUGCCUGCAUGGUAUGUGGCAGCGUGCCGUGCCAAUGUGAAGAGCGGUGCCAUCAUGUCCGCCCUGUCCGACACCGAGAUUCAGCGUGAGAUUGGCAUCAGCAACCCUCUUCACCGCCUCAAACUACGCCUUGCUAUUCAGGAGAUCAUGUCGCUCACGAGCCCAUCGGCGCCACCUACCUCCAGAACGUCUUCUGGGAAUGUCUGGCUCACGCAUGAGGAGAUGGAGAGUUUGGCCGCCACGCCGCUCACGGAGGACGAGGAGGGCGGCUGGGCCCAGACUCUGGCCUACGGCGACAUGAACCACGAAUGGAUUGGUAACGACUGGCUGCCGAGCCUCGGCUUACCUCAGUACCGCAGUUACUUCAUGGAGUCGCUGGUAGACGCUCGUAUGCUGGAUCAUCUGACCAAAAAAGACCUCCGCAGUCAGCUCAAAAUGGUGGACAGUUUCCAUAGGAACAGUUUUCAGUGCGGUGUGAUGUGUUUGAGACGACUGAACUACGACAGAAAAGACCUUGAGCGAAGACGUGAGGAGUCACAGGUUGAAGUCAAAGAUGUGCUGGUGUGGACGAACGAGCGCGUGGUCAGCUGGGUUCAGGCCAUCGGCUUAAAGGACUACUCCAGCAACCUUCUGGAGAGCGGUGUUCAUGGAGCGCUCAUCGCCUUGGACGAGUCCUUCGACCACAACGCCUUGGCUCUGCUUCUGCAGAUCCCUACGCAGUGCACACAGGCGAGAGCGUUACUGGAGCACGAGUACGGUCACCUGAUAGCCGCAGGAACAGAGAGGAGACUGGAAGAGGACGACGACAAGAACUUCCGCCGCGCGCCGUCCUGGAGGAAAAAGUUUCGCCCCAAAGACGUGCGUGGGAUGAGCGUGAGCGCCUCUGACACGCUGCCUGCGAGCUUCAGGGUGAGCGCCGGAGACACCGCCCUGCUGGCCAAGAAACCGCAGCUGGACGGCGGUGUGAGCGGAGUUCAGCGUCUGGACUCGGCCGCAGUCAGAACAUACUCCUGCUGAUCUCAACCAGGUGACGCAGCAGAAGAGCACGAGCCCCGUCAGGCUGGAGUUCCACAGCAUUCCUUUGGGAUUUUCCCUGUUACAGACCCGUAAUCCCAUCAACACAAACUCUUAGCGUCCCGCGGGUUUAUACUCUAGAUUUCAACUCUUCUAUUUAUUCCUCCAGAGGGACGUCUCACUAAUUCAGCAGUGUUUCAUAUCAACUUUUGCUUGAUUUUAUUUGGUCACCUUUUAAUUCACGCGUCCUAAUCCAGUUCAAUCUUCUAGAUGUAAUUUAUAUAUCACGAGUCCAGAGUUUGUACAUUUACGUCUGUAGGCAUAAUCUCAUUUUUAUCAUUCUCCAUGAGUAUUUUUAUCGUAUUGGCUACUUAUUGAUUUUGUUUUAAAUCUUCCAGCUAAAAGUACUUUGUGUGUUUGAUCUUAACUCUCUUAAUCUUCUCUUCUCUCCCUGUUGAUUCUGAGAAAGUGGCCCGUGUCAAUGGCAUUGUGUGAAUAUCGGGGUCGGUACGUGUUUUAUAUCCUGAUACCAAAAUCAGACCCUUGGAAAAGCCAUACUUUGUAAUAAUUAUGAGGGCUAUUUUGAAUACAUCUUUCUACAGAUGUGAUACUGAUGCCAGGAUUCUCUAGCAUCUAUUUGGCUGAAAGUCACUGUUUAUUCAUUCCCUUUGUGCUGCAUUAUAGGUGUUUGUGAGUGAGUGAGUGUGUGUGUGUGUGUGUGUGUGAGAGAGAGUGUGUGUGUGUGUAUGCGUGUGUGUGUGUGAUUCUCAGACGGACCAAUCCUCCAGUGGCCUCUCUCUGCUCAGUCCUGAUCUCUCUCACUGUAAUCAAGCCUUACAUUUGUAGCCACUCCUUUUGUUUCAGUGACCCUUUUUGAUAUCGUAUGUAUCGGCCUUUAUGUAGGAAUUGUCAUUUUUGGAUGAUAUCAGAGGCGUAGGCUGGAAUCAUAUCCCAGUCUUCUCGAUUUUGUAAUUUUACAUUCUUUAGUCACUUGUGUACAAUUAAAGUCAUGUUACUAUCUUUUUAUUGUCCUUUAUUUAAACAAAUCUUCUGGUCCUGUAAUAGAAAUAAUGUACAGUCUAAGUACUUAUGAACUAUUUUUAUCACAGUAUUAUUUAUUUCUUUCAUUUCAAUAAAAUACUGAAACUUAUUUUCCACUGCCAAUAAAAAUAAGUCUUUAUGAA